CCAGCGUGUCUCAGCAGUGGCGGCGAGGGAAGCGCGACCGUCAGAACCCGCUGUCCUCUUCCCCGCAGACCACGCCUCGCCUCUCCCAGCUUGGAAGGCGGUCCUCUACGAGCCGCGGUUUCCCUAUAAAAGCGACCCGGGGAGACCCCCCGUUCAUGUCAUGACAUUUGCUCUUGUCCCAGCUAUCAAAGCAAGCAACAUGAAGGCUACGUUCUUCCUCGUCUGCCUGGCCGUCGUCUUCGCUCUGGCUACAGCCGGUGGCUUUGGCUACGGAGGCUACGGAGGCUUCGGGCGCUUCGGCGGUGGCUAUGGUGGAAUCGCCCUAGUCAGGGGCUUCGGCUACGGAGGCUAUGGAGGCGGAUACAGGGGAUUCGGCGGCUAUGGAGGCGGAUACAGGGGAUACGGCGGCUAUGGUGGAUACGGUGGCUACGGAUUCGGCAAGGGCUUCCACGGAUAAGCGUCUCCACCAGAAUGCACCAGCGGAGAGUCGUCUCAAGCUCUCAAUGCUGCCGCCAGCGACACACGCUCUACGUGAAGACGUCCGGAGUAGUGUGUCAGCAGUCAUCCCGUUCCUGCGCAAACGAGCGCCUCAUGCUCAUGACCAUCAGCCAAAAAUAAAGGUCCGGUUCCACCUCCAAA